AUCGCCCCCAAUUUUGGGUUCCUCUCCCCUGCGCCAUCCCAUCAUCAUCCGGGCGUGCGCGUUUCGUGAAGAAGUUAAACGGACAAAAAAAAUGGAAACUUUCGCCACAUCUUCUUCGCUCAUUGACAUACCCCGCAUUCGAUCGAGCGCAUUCCAUGGGAACCCGAACGAGGCCUGGUAAAGCUCCCGCUUCUGCUCGUGCGAUGGAUACGUCGAUCUCAGGACUGCAACAGAAGCAUCAGCAGGAUCUGGAGAAUUUGACUCUGACAACACAGCCGUAUAAGACUUUAAAGCUCUUUGCUUUGGCCACUUUUCAGCACUUCAAGCAUGUGAUAGCUUACCUAUUGGUAAAAGGGGGCUUGCUUCUGUUUCUAAGCACCAUUACUGUGGCUCUCAGCUUUUUGCUGGUUAGAGUUGAUGGAAUGCAUGAAAAGCAUGUCGAGGAGCUCUACAAGUACAUGCAAUUUGGGUUAUGGUGGAUAGCACUUGGAGUAGCUUCUUCAAUUGGUCUUGGAUCAGGUUUACACACUUUUGUCCUUUAUUUGGGUCCUCACAUUGCACUGUUCACUAUUAAAGCAAUGCACUGUGGGAGAGUUGAUAUAAAAACUGCUCCAUACGACACGAUUCAGUUAAAGAAAGGUCCCUCUUGGCUUGACAAAGAUUGUUCUGAAUUUGGACCUCCAUUAUUUGCACCUGUGCAUGGUCUGCGGGUACCUCUUAGCCAAAUACUGCCUCAAGUUCAGAUGGAAGCUGUUCUAUGGGGCAUUGGAACUGCACUUGGAGAGCUUCCUCCAUAUUUUAUCUCCAGAGCAGCUCAACUGUCGGGUACCAAGUCAGAUGCCAUGGAAGAGUUGGGUGGUUCCUCGAACAAAGAGAACGGUGUCAUUGCAAACCACCUCACACAAAUUAAAUACUGGCUUCUGUCUCAUUCUCAAUAUUUGAACUUCUUCACCAUUUUGGUGCUUGCUUCAGUGCCAAAUCCACUAUUUGAUCUUGCUGGAAUCAUGUGUGGGCAAUUUGGGAUUCCUUUCUGGAAGUUCUUUCUCGCAACAGUGAUUGGAAAGGCGAUUGUCAAAACCCACAUACAGACGGUUUUCAUAAUAUCUGUAUGCAACAAUCAACUCCUUAAUUGGAUGGAGAAUGAGUUAAUUUGGGUUUUCAGCCUUGUACCUGGUCUGGCUCCAAUCUUGCUUGAGAUCAUUGCCAAACUCAACGCAGUGAGAGAUAAAUAUCUUGCAGCAUCUCCUCCCGUGACUUCAAAUGUAGAGGUGAAGAAAUGGGGAUUCUCAUUUGCCUCUAUAUGGAAUGGCGUUGUGUGGCUCAUGCUCAUAAACUUCUUCGUGAAGAUUGUGACUGAAACUGCCAAGAGGUAUCUCAAGAAACAGCAGGAGAAAGAGCUUGAAUCCUUGGACGGAUCAUCCGCAGCAAGCACCUUGAGGUAGCACCCCGACCAAGUACAUCAACAAAGCAGCAACUUUUACCUCCGUUUCCGAAUGCGAGGUAAAGGAAAUUGAAGUGGUAACUCUUGCAAAGUCCAUGGUGAUACCAAAAAGCCUGCAGUCUUGGCACUUCUAGAGACUAUUGUGCAUAAAUAGGAUGAUGGUAGGUCUAAUCAACAAUUUGGAAAUGGAAUUUAGUAAUUCUUUUCUGAACACAGAAAUCAUUUGCUCGAUUGUGCCGGAACUCGAUUCGGGGAAUUCUUUGUCUUUCAUAGAUGAUACUCUUGUAUGUAGCUACAUCAGUAAUUGGAUGCAACAUCAGCCUAAAGGAAAACCUUAAAUA